AUGGAGAUGUUGGAUCCACUGAUGGUUCUUUUGGGCAGCCUUAUGACUGACUAUGUGGUGUUUGGCUCCGAUCAAAAUCCGGUCACGUUUUGCAGGAAACAAACAUCGGAAUCGUGUCUCACUCACGUGUUAUUCUGGAUAUUUAUGGGACGCAAAUUGUCCGAAUCCGAGUCAUGUCCGCACUACUUGCUUGUGUUGGGCACUUCUGAUUGUGAUCUGUCAAUACCGAGGUAA